CCGCAAAGCAGUGUUACAGUGCGCACAGCUUGGCGGAAGGCUGCAUCGUGAAUUUCAUUUGUCGACCCACCACCGCUGUUCAUCGCUGCGCAUCUCUCGAGAUUGCUGCGAGCGCCGCACUCGAGACCUGCGAGCAUGGUGCUCGACUACAGCAAAUUUGCCAAUAUAGACGUCUCGGACGACGACGCGCCGACGCCGCCCGUCGAGCGCUACAAGGGCCCGUCCCUGGAAGCGUCGGCCUACGCUCGAAAAGUUGUGGAGCGGCAACGCAAAGCGCGCCAGAAAGGCACCGCGAAGGCGUGCGUAGGCGACGACUGGAAAGAUGUGGACGACGUGUUUAAGGGCGACGCGUCUGUUUUCAAACCACAACAACGACACGGGAGGUGUGUCCGGUGGGGCCUGCCCGUGAUCGAUCCCGUGAAGGCGUUGAGGAGAAGAGGAGUAGUGCGGGAGCUCUACGCGGACAAACCCAAGGACUGGCGGCCGGCGCCGGAACGGCAGUUCGUGAAUGCGCUCAUGCGCCGCCGGAAGAAGCCGGCGGCGACGACUGGUAGGAUAGAAAUACAAGUGGAGGUCGCGGCGUUUUUGCAGGAGGGUCCUAUCCAACCUCUAAAGCCGCCCGUUCAACGUAUCAUACGGUGCGACGCUUCAUAUAGUCUGGCGCAGGCCCACGCGUGUUGCCUGGCACCUUCAUUAGGUUUUACAGGAAAACAGCCGUACGCGUUUACUGAUUUCAAGGACGGCUGUACGUGGACGCCUCUGGGAGGCAAGGCGCCGGGCUAUUAUGAGAGAGGCACGGAUGCUGUCGAGAGGGACGCGCAUCUAGCCCUGGUUUUGGAUGGCUUGGACCCCCGGGCUACGAAGCUGGGCGAGGUCCUGCGAGAGAAAGGUGAUACGGUAGGCUACGUCUAUGGGAGGGGCGAGGACGCCUUCGAGCACACCAUUACCCUUGUGAGCACUGUAGAUGACGAGAAUAAGGGCGUCGUCGUCGUGAGUGGUGUCGGCGGCUGUCCGGACGAAGCGGGCGGCCCGAAUUCGAAUUACCAGGCGCAAGUCUUGGAUCGACUGUUAGCGUGCGGGUCGCAACGAUAUGCGGGGCGGCGCGUCGGUUUACAACAGCGCUGCCGCGUCUUCGUUGGUGAGGAAUGGCUUUCCGGUAAAGUCGUGGCCCACCGCGGUUCUGAUGGAGAGGCGUACCACGUGCUGCUGGAUAAUGAUAGGAAGGUGGCUGUGAGAAGGGACGCCCCGGAGCUUAUUGAGCCCGAGGAGGAGAGCGACGAGGACGAGGACGAUAGAACGCGGCUUUUUGAAGAUGCGUGCCGCGCGCGCGACAAUGCGGCCAACUACGAGGGGCGCUUCGAGCCGGAGCUGUUCGGUGUCAUGGCGGCGCAAGCCCGCGUCGGCAGGGCGCGCUCAAGGGGCGACGGCCCGCGCGGCGAGCGCGUUUGUGUGGUCUGCGGCGCGGCGAAGUGCUUCGCCUGCGGCGCGUGCGGUUUGAGUGCAUACUGCGGCGCGGUUUGUCAAAAGCGCGACUACGGGGCACACUACGUCGUCUGUAAGGCGGCGCGGAAGGACGUGUAAGCUAUGUUUGUUGUA